AUGGAUACUUUUCUAAAGAUGCUCAGGCGGCGAGGAGUAACGCAAGUGGAGACUUUGAAGAAAGACAUCAGUAGAGAUAUUCGCCGCGAACGUCGCGAUUUGGAACGGAGUAGUAGGCGAAAGAAACGAAGCUCGGAUUUCAUGGAUUUUGAUGCGGAGAACUAUCACUCGUACGAUGAGAUGGUGGAUUUCAUGAAACUGGUAGCAGAGCAAAAAACUGAUCUCGUCACUUUGUUGAAUAUCUCAAAAACCUUCGAAGGACGUACAAUGUAUGGUGUCAAGAUUUCGUCCUCUAAUGAGUUCAAACCUGCGAUAUUCGUUGAUGCCGGAAUUCAUGCACGUGAAUGGAUCGCACCGGCUGUCGCGCUGUAUAUGAUCAAGAGGCUGGUCACUGGUUACGGCACUGAUCCGACAAUCACGCGAAGUGUUGAUAAAUUCGAUUGGUACAUCGUACCAGAGGCGAAUCCAGAUGGGUACGAGUAUAGCCGGAUAUCGGAACCGAACUCUGGCGUAAGACGCGUUCGCGCAACAUUCACUGUGAAUAAAUGGUGUGUUGGUGCCGAUGCGAAUCGUAACUGGGGACAUCGAUGGGGUGAAGCCGGCGCAAAUCGCUCACCUUGCUCGAACAUCUAUGCCGGCAGUCGACCGUUCUCCGAACCGGAAAUUGUUGGUCUCAGGGAUCUUGUUACAUGGCAGAUCCCUAAUCUCGUAAUCUACGGCCAGCCUUCCAACGGUCCUUUAACGGACAAUUACUAUUGUCGCCAUGGGGUUAUACACAAGCACGACCUGACAACUACAUCGAUCAGCGAAACGCAGCACGAAUUGCUGUCUCAGCGAUACAGAACACUACCGGAGCAACCUACAAUUAUGGCACGAUUGCCGAACUCAUGUGUAAGCCUACUGGUCGAUUUAUCGAUUUUUCAAAGCCUCACUACUGGCAUUUCAGACCCAGCCUCUGGUACCAGCAUUGACUACAUGCAGGAUCGCGGAGUACCGUACAUCUUUGGUGUUGAACUACGACCACUCGACUCACACAACAGCUACGCUUUCAGUUUACCUCCCAGCUAUAUUCGACCAACCGGUGAAGAAAUGAUCGCCGCUCUAAUCGCUAUCGGAGAUUAUGCCAUAGAACAUAAGAAGAUCUAA